AGCGGUGAUACCGAGCGCAUCGUGUGUUACAUUCGUAAUGAAAGUUUACGCUAUUUGUGCAUAUUGCCGUCUUUUGUGAAUCGUGAUUUUCCUACCGAAGCGUAGUCGAAUUUAUGUAGUGUAGUGUGGAGAAAGCUUUCAGGUUUUCGUGCUGCUUAGCACGACCAAGUCAGCGUUUCUCUACCGCGCGGACCGCGUGUCAACCGACCGGCCAUUUUGAAUUCGAGUAGUUUCCAUUAAAGCUCUGUCUUGGCAUAAAAGUAUAUUAACCGGAGGGUUUUCCUCCGGUUCUUCAAACAUGAUGGACGGCUUUGGGGAUGACUAUGGUCCUCCCCUCUCCCCUCAAACCCAAAUGGAUGUCGAAAACGCCGCGAACAGUUUAGUUCUUUUAAAGGGUUUAAACGAAAAUCGCGACGAUUUAUCGAAUCUCACCGCGAAAAAACACUGCAACAAUGAUUCGCAUAUUAUUAAACCAUCUCAAACUCACGACUCUGACGCAUCUAAGGAAAAUCCUUCACCAACUCAGCGCACAAAACAAACAAACUCAGACACAUCCGACAAAACUAACACAAACACUAAUCAGACACCCAGCUAUGAUAAUUCUCUAAAAAGCAACUGUGCAAUUUUUAUCCAACGAGAUCCCAAAUCAGCUGAUUUUAAAAAGGACCUCGGCCCUAUGUCCGUCGGUCGUAUCCUUCAUCCGUUAUUCCCAAACAAAAUCGUCGAAAUUAAUCAAAGUGGACGGGGUAAAGUUAGAGUUACCGUAAAAUCGGGUCAAGUGGCGAAUCAACUGCUCAAUCACCCCCAGCUGUCAUCUCACGGUCUGAUAGGCAUUAUCCCUACAAGUUUCGUUUCUUGUCAGGGAAUUAUGAACGAUGUCGACACGGAUAUCACAGUUGAGGAAAUUAUUGAGUAUGGUGAGGUUAUGGGCCCACACGUAAAUAAAAUCAAAAUUAUCCAAGCGCGGCGUUUUAAUCGCAAAGUUUACGACGAAAAAACCAAGGAGUUUAAGUUCGUUCCGUCGAAAACCGUCCUACUGACCUUUCAGGGUACGGUCCUUCCUCAAAGAGUAGCGGUCUACAAAGGGUCAAGUCCCAUUCGUCCUUACUUUCCGAACCCUCGUAUAUGUAUGAAAUGCUUUAGGUUUGGUCACAUCGCCAAACACUGUCGCUCUCAACCACGAUGCAAGUCCUGCGGGGAAAACACCACCCAUGACACAGCCAACCCUUGUCCAAACACUUCAAAGACACCAAAAUGUGUAAACUGCUCUGGUCCUCAUCUGGCUACAUCCAAGGAUUGUCCGGAAUUCACCUUUCAAAAGGAAAUCCGUACUUACGCUACCAUACACAGACUCUCCUUCAUUGAAGCAAAAGCUAUCCUUCGACCUAGAAACACAGGUGCAACCCCGAACUCUUUCAACUUCUCAAAUUUUCCACAGCUUGGAGAAAUCCCAGCUCCUUCUUCGACAAAUCAAAACUCUUCUCAACUUUUUUCAGACAUCACAAAUCUCUCAUCUCAAAAACGGAGAAGUCCCAUGAUUGGACCUGCCACCCAAAAAAUUGGCACGCCCCAGUCACGGAAAAGAACUAACUCCUUCUACGCAACACAAUGGAACAAUGGUAGAGACGGUAGCGAUCUUCCUAAUGGUUUUGCCCUCUCUGCUUCUCGUUCCAUGUCUAAUCCUUCAACAUCUAACACUAUUGAUCAAACUUCCAACCAUGAAUCCUUCCCUUCAUUCCUAAUCUCCAUGAUCAAAGAUCAUGUCACACAACUUUCAUCCAGUUCUUCACCAGAAAAAACAAAACACAACGAAAGUCUACUUAAUACUAUUAUAGAAAGCAUUCUCUUAUUGUUCAACUCCGUAAACAACAACAUUAAUGGAUCAAUUGUCUAAAAUAAA